CUUUCCCUGAAAUGGAGAGAAUUCCUCAGGCAACACUUUAAGCUCUUUUAAUGCCAGCAGCUGUUUUAUGGGGCAUGUUUACACCCUCUGGCUUGAUGAGUUGCCAGAGGAAGAGCUGGGAGCAAAGGGGCAGCAAUCUUGUUGGUCUGAAAUUACUGAUCUUUUCUGCCUCCACAGCAAUGCCCAUGAGCCAUACCCUGGCACAGAGGUGGCACAAGCCUUUCUCAGGCUGAUGGGAAAGGUUGAUCCCAGCGAUGGACCUUGAACAAAUUCCAGCAAUAUUAUUUCUUGAUUGGGAAACUGCUGUGCCUGCCAGCUCUGGCUCCACACCCCGUAGAUGUUGCUGCUACCUGCCUGGAGCUGCUUGCUAGAAGUGCUCCUGCAGCUCUUAUCUCUCCGUGCCAGCUCUCCUGGCGGUGCUGGUGAUCACGAUGCAUUCCGGUUCCUUCCUCCACACCAAAGAACCUAGAACAGUUACAAAACCAAACCUGAAAACUCCAUGUACCAUUCCUAUUCCUUCCACUAAUGUAAAUUCAUAUAAUUUGUGUCACAAUUACGCAGCAUCUGCUGGGAAGUCUGGUCUGGGAAGCAGAGAGCAGGCUGUGAUGUAUCCAGUAUGGAGGAGCUGGUAAGCAACCUUUUAGCAGCAGCACCUGCAAAAAUGCCUGGGAUGCUUUGCCUGGGUGUGAUGAUGGACUUGAUUUGGUGCCACCAUUGCCCCACAUCAUCACACAUGCCCUCCCUUGGACUGAGCAGUAGGUUUUCAAGUCUCUGUCUCCCCUCCAGAGCCGAGUACCAACACUGCUUUUGACCUCUCAGCUGAGUUUCUCCAGACACAGGCUAUUUUACAGCCCAAAUAAUGACAGUGGUGCUGUGGACACCCUAGACAGUGCAGAUUCCUCCUCUCUGGGUGGAUCAUCUCUGCUAGAUAAUUUCAUUCUUCUCCCCUUGAAGGCUGCUUCCCGCAUUGGAGCUUUUGGAAUGAUGUGGCCUGGAAAACCCCUCCUCGAGGCCACUGUGGCCUGCCUCUUUCCAUCAUCUUGAUUUCUUCGGGACUCUCUCCUGGGUCUAUGGGGAUGCUUUGUUAAUUCCACUCCCUGCGAUGACAUCUCAUCUCUCUUAAGUGGCAAAAUUAAUUCCUGCACACUUAAGAAGAGGCUGUGCCAGGGCUCUUUGUCAGGGUCUCUUGCCUGACACUGUUCUGGGGUAGGGGUCAUCAGGCUGGGUUUGCUGGCACUUUUUGUAAUUCCCUGACAUGUCCCAUCGUCUUUCUCCUGCAGAAGCAGCAAUAAGGCUUUUUCCUGGCUGGCAUGAGUGCAGCAGCGGAGCAGUUUGGGGCUAUUUUUCCCCUCCUUUUACCCCAAUGCACUGGAAUUUUUUGAGCUGGUGGUGUUGUGUUGAAUCUGCUUUAACCUUCUGGUGACAGAGAUGAUCAGGCAGAGGAGGAGGGCUAAUUUUUGGCAUCUGUAGCCACAGAUCUGUUCCUUGAUGCAUGUGGUGAUGCUCAUUUGUGUGACUACAGCAGUUAAGCAAAUCCAAUUUGCAGAUGACAUGCAGGAGUUCACCAAGUUCCCAACAAAGACAGGCCGUCGGUCUCUGUCCCGCUCCAUCUCACAGUCUUCCACUGACAGCUACAGCUCUGCUGCCUCCUACACAGACAGCUCUGAUGAUGAGGUUUCCCCCCGAGAGAAACAACAAACCAACUCCAAAGGCAGCAGCAACUUCUGUGUGAAGAACAUCAAGCAGGCAGAGUUUGGACGCCGGGAGAUCGAGAUUGCUGAACAAGACAUGUCUGCUCUGAUUUCACUCAGAAAACGAGCUCAAGGGGAGAAGCCUUUGGCUGGAGCUAAAAUUGUGGGCUGUACCCACAUUACAGCACAGACUGCGGUGCUGAUUGAGACCCUGUGUGCAUUGGGAGCACAGUGCCGCUGGUCUGCCUGUAACAUCUACUCCACCCAAAAUGAAGUGGCAGCUGCCUUGGCAGAAGCUGGUGUUGCUGUGUUUGCCUGGAAGGGGGAGUCGGAGGAUGACUUCUGGUGGUGCAUUGACCGCUGUGUUAACAUAGAUGGCUGGCACGCCAACAUGAUCCUAGAUGACGGUGGGGACCUGACCCAUUGGGUUUAUAAGAAAUACCCCAAUGUAUUCAAGAAGAUCCGAGGGAUCGUGGAGGAGAGUGUGACUGGUGUGCAUAGGCUGUACCAGCUCUCCAAGGCUGGGAAGCUGUGUGUCCCAGCCAUGAAUGUGAACGACUCUGUUACUAAACAGAAAUUUGACAACCUGUAUUGCUGCCGGGAAUCCAUCCUGGAUGGCCUGAAGAGGACCACGGAUGUGAUGUUUGGAGGGAAGCAAGUGGUCGUUUGUGGUUAUGGGGAGGUCGGCAAGGGAUGCUGUGCCGCUCUGAAAGCUCUGGGAGCAAUUGUCUACGUCACGGAGAUUGACCCCAUCUGUGCUCUCCAAGCUUGUAUGGACGGAUUUCGGGUGGUGAAGCUGAGUGAAGUAAUCCGUCAGGUGGAUGUCGUCAUCACCUGCACAGGAAACAAGAACGUUGUGACCAGAGAACACCUGGAUCGGAUGAAGAACAGCUGCAUUGUCUGCAACAUGGGCCACUCCAACACUGAGAUCGAUGUGACCAGCCUCCGGACCCCAGAGCUGACCUGGGAAAGGGUCCGCUCCCAAGUGGAUCACGUCAUCUGGCCAGAUGGGAAGCGAGUGGUGUUGCUGGCUGAGGGCCGUCUUCUCAACCUGAGCUGCUCCACAGUUCCCACCUUCGUUCUCUCCAUCACAGCCACCACUCAGGCUCUGGCUCUGAUCGAGCUUUACAACGCUCCCGAGGGCCGCUACAAACAGGACGUGUACCUGCUGCCGAAGAAGAUGGACGAGUACGUUGCCAGCUUGCAUCUGCCUUCGUUUGAUGCCCAUCUGACGGAACUGACAGACGAUCAGGCGAAAUACCUGGGACUCAACAAAAAUGGGCCUUUCAAACCCAAUUACUACAGAUACUGACGGACCACAUCCAUGAAGGACCAGACCAUACAAGGCAGCGUUAGAGAGAUUAUUUUUAAAGAUCAUUUUAUUUUGGUUUAUCUGUUUCUUUGGUUUUUUUAAACCAACAAAGAAACCUGUUUUUACGUUUAUCAGUGUGAUUUUAGGGUCACUUUUUUUUUUUCCUCUCUCAGUUUCACCCUUAUACAUGAUCACAUCUCUGUCUGAUCUUGGCAGACAGCUGGGAUUUGCUUCUUGCUUUCAUGUGGCUGAAGCUGCUGGUGGCUCCCAGCCCUGGCUCCUGGAGAGGGUUUCACUUUUCUGAGUGCCAAGGGCAGUUCAUUCCUGCAGUGAUGUCUUAUUCUUUGGGUUUUCCACCUUUCCAGCACACAUCAGUCUUGGCCGGGAUCCCUGCAGAUACGGAGAUGCUGUUCUACCUUAUCUUAUGUUUCUUUCUUUGUGUGGAUUAUCUGCAACUUCUAAAUUGCCUUAAAGAGCCCAGUUUUAGCUGCUAGAUCAGUGCUCCGAGUGCUGCUUGGGAGCAGAGAGGCACCUGCUGGCCGCCCUGUGAAUGGGUGACUGGCCUCAAGCCCAGCCAAGGGCCCUGUUCUGAGGUAGCCCAGGUUUGGUAGCCACUGGACGGGGUUUGGUGGCUGACUGGGUACAGGAGAGUUCAUUGUUUCAGGGUGCUAAUCUGAAUCCAGAUGGGGGUCGCUUACCCAGUGUUAUUUCAUCUCUCCUAGUUUUUUUAGCCAAACUGCACCUUAAUUGAGUUAAAACCAUUUUUUGUUUGUAUUUUCCUCUUUUGAUUUUUGAUCCAUAAAGAGAUGUUUUAAAGCAGAGCGGGAGUGUCAGGCACGCGGUUGCCUGCCUGCUGCAUCUGAGUGGCCCCAUCUCCCACUGAGAAGCAUGGGAUGGUUUUAUGUGUGCCCGGGGUUACUUUUGGGAAUCAUUUCACUUUUUUUGUUGAGACAAACGCAGAGAUGAGCCUUCCUUGUACCCAGCCUCUGCACCAUGGAUCCCUGCAUGAAGCUCUCAGCUCCCUGUUGCUCUGGCCCUCAAGCUUGGGCUUUCUCAGUCGCCUUCCCUGCCCUCUCGCAGUGCGUUUCAGCCACUCUUGUUGCCUCGUUCAUUCCCUUCCUGCAUCCUCACCCGUAACUUGUUUCUCUUUUCCAUCUCUUGCAGUUUGUCCCAGGACUGGGGAAGCUCCUUGCAACCCAGUGAGAUUUCUCUUGGCUUUUUUAUCCCUCCCCAAAUUGCCUUUCUUACCCCAGCUGAGGCCAGAGCAUGGAGGAAGGAGGACCCCCACUGCCUGCAUCUCCUAGUAUACAGAUAAUGGAGAUGCUGUGGUACCCACGACUGGGGCUGCUCCUUCACCUCUGGGCACCAGCUGCCCCCACUUCCCCAGAGGGUGCAAAUCUCCUUUGCCAGGGACGGAAAGAUGUCAUGGGGGAUGCUGGUGGCUUUGAUCACCCUAUUUUCUCCUUUGACUGUCCCUUUUUCUUGCCCUGCCCAGUUUCCUCCUGGUCUGUCGUUAGGUCGCUUGCUGUCCUCAUGGGUUUUGGGGAUUGCCUGCUUCACUGGGACCCCUCAACCACCCCUUAAACUUCACGGGGGACUCGCGCCUGGCUCAGUGAGUCAGGAUCUCACUGCUUUGGGGUCAGGGCCACCCCUUUCCUAUCCGCGUUAGGGUCGAUGCCCAGCGUAAGGGCUCCAGCUCUGUAUAAGCCAUGGCGGAGGGGGGUGGGAGCGUCGGGGAUGAUGGUGGCAGCGUUGGACUGGGAGGGAGAGGUUUAUUUUGUAUAUGAAUGAUUUUUAAUGAAUGCAAUAUUAAUCUUUGCAGAUGAGCAAUAAAUGAUUAAAGUCUAA